CAGUGAGGGGAGAGACAAGGCGCGAGCGCUGACCGACUGAGACCGGAGGCUGAGAGUCGCGCGCGCGCUGGACCCGGGACUCGGCCUUCUCCUCACACACACACACACACACACACACACGGAGCUGUCUCUGUGUCUGUCUCACCGCCUGCGCCCUCUGUGGCCUACUCUUUAAUCCCCAAUGCCGGAGAUGGCUCAGCGGAGCGGGCAGGAGGACCCGGAGCGCUACCUCUUUGUGGACCGGGCCGUGGUCUAUAACCCGGCUACGCAGGCCGACUGGACGGCCAAGAAGCUAGUAUGGGUUCCGUCGGAGCGGCACGGGUUCGAGGCGGCCAGCAUUCGGGAGGAGCGAGGCGAGGAGGUGAUGGUGGAGCUCGCCGAGAACGGGAAGAAAGCCCUGGUGAACAAAGACGACAUCCAGAAGAUGAACCCGCCCAAGUUCAGUAAGGUGGAGGACAUGGCCGAGCUCACCUGCCUCAAUGAGGCGUCCGUGCUGCACAACCUGAAGGACCGCUACUACUCCGGACUCAUUUACACGUAUUCCGGACUUUUCUGCGUGGUGAUAAACCCGUACAAGAACCUGCCUAUUUACUCAGAAAACAUCAUUGAGAUGUACCGCGGCAAGAAGAGGCACGAGAUGCCACCUCACAUCUACGCCAUCUCCGAAUCGGCCUACAGGUGCAUGCUGCAAGAUCGUGAGGACCAGUCCAUCCUAUGCACUGGUGAAUCUGGAGCAGGAAAAACUGAAAACACUAAAAAGGUCAUUCAGUACCUGGCACACGUCGCCUCCUCACACAAAGGAAGGAAGGACCACAACAUUCCUCCAGAGUCUCCUAAAGCUGUCAAACUCCAGGGUGAGUUGGAGAGACAGCUGCUGCAGGCUAAUCCCAUCCUGGAGUCUUUUGGUAACGCCAAGACGGUGAAGAACGACAACUCGUCACGAUUCGGGAAGUUUAUCCGGAUCAACUUUGACGUGACGGGGUACAUCGUAGGGGCCAACAUCGAGACCUAUCUCCUGGAGAAAUCCAGAGCUAUUCGUCAGGCCAAAGACGAGAGAACGUUCCACGUCUUCUACCAGCUGCUGGCUGGAGCAGGAGAACAUCUGAGAUCUGAUCUCCUGCUGGAGGGCUUCAAUAACUAUCGCUUCCUCUCCAACGGGAACAUUCCCAUUCCUGGACAGCAGGACAAGGACAACUUUCAGGAGACCAUGGAGGCCAUGCACAUCAUGAGCUUCUCCCACGACGAGAUCCUGUCCAUGCUGAAGGUGGUGUCAGCUGUGAUGCAGUUCGGCAACAUUGUGUUCAAGAAAGAGAGAAACACAGACCAGGCCUCCAUGCCUGAGAACACAGCUGCUCAGAAGUUGUGUCACCUGUUGGGGAUGAGUGUGAUGGAGUUCACACGCGCCAUCCUGACACCGAGGAUCAAAGUGGGGCGGGACUACGUUCAGAAAGCACAAACUAAAGAACAGGCCGACUUUGCAGUGGAAGCUCUGGCCAAAGCCACGUACGAGCGUCUCUUCCGCUGGCUCGUCCACCGCAUAAACAAAGCCCUGGACCGGACCAAACGCCAGGGGGCGUCGUUCAUCGGCAUCCUGGACAUCGCCGGGUUCGAGAUCUUCCAAUUAAACUCGUUUGAGCAGCUGUGUAUUAACUACACUAACGAGAAGCUGCAGCAGCUCUUCAACCACACCAUGUUCAUCCUGGAGCAGGAGGAGUAUCAGCGCGAGGGCAUCGAGUGGAGCUUCAUCGACUUCGGGCUCGACCUGCAGCCCUGCAUCGACCUCAUCGAGAGGCCCGCGAACCCCCCGGGUGUCCUGGCGCUGCUGGACGAGGAGUGCUGGUUCCCUAAAGCCACAGAUAAGACGUUUGUGGACAAGCUGGUGCAGGAGCAGGGCUCUCACGCCAAGUUCCAGAAACCACGGCAGCUCAAGGACAAAGCCGACUUCUGCAUCAUCCACUACGCCGGGAGGGUUGAUUACAAAGCAGACGAGUGGUUGAUGAAGAACAUGGACCCUCUGAACGAUAACGUGGCGACACUGCUGCACCAGUCCACUGAUAAGUUUGUGGCUGAGCUUUGGAAGGACGUGGACCGUAUCGUUGGACUGGAUCAGGUGGCCGGGAUGAAUGAAACAGCGUUUGGAGCGACGUAUAAAACCAAGAAGGGAAUGUUCCGGACCGUCGGGCAGCUUUACAAAGAGUCUCUGACCAAACUGAUGGCCACGCUGAGGAACACCAACCCCAACUUCGUCCGCUGCAUCAUCCCCAACCACGAGAAGAGGGCGGGGAAACUGGAGCCUCACCUGGUCCUGGAUCAGCUCAGGUGUAACGGUGUUCUGGAGGGAAUCAGGAUCUGCAGACAGGGCUUCCCCAACCGCAUCAUCUUCCAGGAGUUCAGACAGAGAUACGAGAUCCUCACCCCUAAUGCCAUCCCAAAGGGCUUCAUGGAUGGUAAACAGGCGUGUGAGCGGAUGAUCCAGGCUCUAGAGUUGGAUCCAAACCUAUACCGGAUCGGUCAGAGUAAGAUAUUUUUCCGGACUGGGGUUCUGGCUCACCUGGAGGAGGAGCGCGAUCUGAAAAUCACCGACAUCAUCAUUUACUUCCAGGCCGUGUGUCGGGGAUACCUGGCUCGCAAAGCCUUUGCAAAGAAGCAGCAGCAGCUUAGUGCCCUGAAGGUUCUCCAGAGGAACUGUGCUGCUUACCUGAAACUGCGCCACUGGCAAUGGUGGAGACUCUUCACCAAGGUGAAGCCUCUGCUCCAGGUGACGCGUCAGGAAGAGGAGAUGCAGGCGAAGGAUGAGGAGCUGGUGAAGGUGAAGGAGAGACAGGUCAAGGUGGAGAACGAGUUAGUGGAGAUGGAGAGGAAGCACCAACAGCUGAUGGAGGAGAAGAACAUCCUGGCGGAGCAGCUGCAGGCGGAGACCGAGCUGUUUGCCGAGGCGGAGGAGAUGAGAGCUCGAUUGGUGGCGAAGAAGCAGGAGCUGGAGGAGAUCCUACACGACCUGGAGUCUCGCGUGGAGGAGGAGGAGGAGCGCAACCAGACACUGCAGAACGAGAAGAAGAAGAUGCAGUCACACAUACAGGAUCUAGAGGAGCAGCUGGAUGAAGAAGAAGCUGCUCGACAGAAGCUGCAGCUGGAGAAAGUUACGGCUGAGGCCAAAAUAAAAAAAAUGGAGGAGGAUCUGCUGCUGCUAGAGGACCAGAACUCCAAAUUCCUAAAGGAGAAGAAGCUGUUAGAGGAGCGGGUGAGUGAGAUGACGUCUUUAUUAACUGAGGAAGAGGAGAAGGCGAAGAACCUCGGCAAGGUGAAGAACAAGCAGGAGAUGAUGAUGGUCGACCUGGAAGAGCGUCUGAAGAAGGAGGAGAAGACCCGUCAGGAGCUGGAGAAGGCCAAGAGGAAGCUGGACGGAGAAACCACAGACCUGCAGGAGCAAAUUGCUGAACUUCAGGCUCAGAUCGAUGAGCUCAAAGUCCAGCUGGCCAAAAAAGAGGAGGAGCUACAGACUGUGCUGGCCAGAGGAGAUGAGGAAGUGGCCCAGAAGAACAAUGCUCUGAAGCAGGUGAGGGAGCUCCAGGCUCAGCUGGCCGAGCUUCAGGAGGAUCUGGAGUCGGAGAAAGCGGCUCGGAAUAAAGCGGAGAAGCUGAAGCGGGACCUGAGCGAGGAGCUGGAGGCGCUGAAGACCGAGCUGGAGGACACGCUGGACACCACGGCCGCUCAGCAGGAGCUCAGGACUAAGAGAGAGCAGGAAGUGGCUGAGCUGAAGAAGGCGAUUGAUGAAGAAGCUCGAAAUCACGAGUCUCAGAUUCAGGAGAUGAGACAGAGACACGGGACGGCUCUGGAGGAACUGUCUGAGCAACUGGAGCAGGCCAAGAGGUUUAAGCUGAACCUGGAGAAGAGUAAGCAGACUCUAGAGGGUGAUAAUAAGGAGCUGAGCAGUGAGGUGAAGGUGCUGCAGCAGGCCAAGGUGGAGUCUGAGCACAAACGCAAAAAACUGGAGGCGCAGCUGCAGGAGGUUCUCACUCGCGUCACUGAGGGGGAGAGGAGCAAAGGGGAGCUGACUGAGCGCGCUCACAAACUACAGACGGAGUUGGAGACGGUGUCUGCUCUGUUGGAAGAUGCUGAGAAAAAGGGGAUUAAACUGGCUAAAGAUGCAUCGAGUCUCGAGAGUCAGCUACAGGACACACAGGAGCUGCUCCAGGAGGAGACCCGUCAGAAGCUGAAUCUGAGCAGCAGGAUCAGGCAGCUGGAGGAGGAGAAGAACAACCUGCAGGAGCAGCAGGAGGAGGAGGAGGAGGCGCGCAAGAACCUGGAGAAACAGCUGGCCACCCUGCAGGGACAGUUAUUUGAGACAAAGAAGAAGCUGGAGGAUGACGUGGGCGUGGUCGAGGGUCUGGAGGAGGUGAAGCGGAAGCUGCAGAAGGACGUGGAGUCGUGUAACGCGCGGCUGGAGGAGAAGAUCCUGGCCUUUGAUAAACUGGAGAAGACGAAGACGCGGCUGCAGCAGGAGCUGGACGACCUGACGGUGGACCUGGACCACCAGAGACAGAUCGUCUCCAACCUGGAGAAGAAGCAGAAAAAGUUUGACCAGAUGCUGGCGGAGGAAAAGAGCAUUUCUGCUCGUUACGCGGAGGAGCGAGACCGGGCGGAGGCCGAGGCGAGGGAGAAGGAGACGAAGGCGCUGUCGUUGGCUCGGGCGCUGGAUGAAGCUCUUGAGGCGAAAGAGGAAUUUGAGAGACUGAACAAGCAGCUGCGGGCGGAGAUGGAGGAUCUGAUGAGCUCGAAGGACGACGUGGGCAAAAACGUGCAUGAGCUGGAGAAGUCUAAGCGCACCCUGGAGCAGCAGGUGGAGGAGAUGCGCACUCAGCUGGAGGAGCUGGAGGACGAGCUGCAGGCCACUGAAGACUCCAAACUGCGCUUAGAAGUGAACAUGCAGGCCAUGAAGGCGCAGUUUGAGCGCGACCUGCAGGCCAGAGACGAGCAGAACGACGAGAAGAAGAGACUCCUGGUCAAACAGGUGCGUGAGAUGGAGGCGGAGCUUGAGGACGAGAGGAAGCAGAGAGCUCAGGCCGUGGCUGCGAAGAAGAAGCUGGAGAUGGACCUGAAGGACGUGGAGUCUCAGAUCGAGGCGGCUAAUAAAGCUCGGGACGAGGCCAUCAAGCAGCUCCGCAAACUUCAGGCUCAGAUGAAGGACUAUCAGAGGGAGCUGGAGGAAGCCCGAACAUCACGAGAUGAGAUCUUCGCCCAGUCCAAAGAGAACGAGAAGAAACUCAAGACCCUCGAGGCUGAGAUCCUGCAGCUGCAAGAGGACCUAGCUGCAUCAGAGAGAGCGCGGCGUCACGCAGAGCAGGAGAGAGACGAACUGGCUGAUGAAAUCUCUAACAGCGCCUCCGGAAAGUCCGCACUGAUGGAUGAGAAGCGGAGAUUGGAGGCUCGUAUCUCUCAACUGGAGGAAGAACUGGAGGAGGAGCAGAGCAACAUGGAGCUGCUUAAUGAUCGCUUCCGCAAAACAUCCAUGCAGGUGGACACUCUGAGCACAGAGCUAGCAGGCGAGCGCAGCACGGCUCAGAAGAGCGAGACGGCUCGACAGCAGCUGGAGAGACAGAAUAAGGACCUGAAGGCCAAACUGCAGGAGCUCGAAGGCUCGGUCAAAUCCAAGUUCAAGUCCACUAUCGCCGCCCUGGAGGCCAAAAUCCUGCAGCUGGAGGAACAGCUGGAGCAGGAGUCUAAGGAGCGUGCAGCAGCCAAUAAGAUUGUGAGACGCACAGAGAAGAAACUGAAGGAAGUGUUCAUGCAGGUGGAAGAUGAGCGUCGCCAUGCCGACCAGUACAAGGAGCAGAUGGAGAAGGCCAACUCUCGUAUGAAGCAGCUGAAGCGUCAGUUGGAGGAGGCGGAGGAAGAAGCGACGCGCGCUAACGCCUCCCGCAGGAAGUUACAGAGAGAGCUGGAGGACGCCACGGAGGCUAGCGAGGGUCUCAGCCGCGAGGUCAACACACUCAAGAACCGCCUCAGGCGUGGGGGUCCGGUGAGUUUCCCCUCAGGUCGUUCGGGUCGCAGGCAGCUCCAGAUGGAGGGGGAUCUCUCAGACGACGACGCGGACAACAAAGUGAGCGAGGCGAAUGAGACACAGCCGCCACAGAGCGAGUAGAGGAGGGGACAACACACACACACACACACACACACACACACACACACACACACACCCUGCCCCUUGUCCCGCUUUCUACUUUAUUCCUCCAUCCUGCAGUAACAUUACAUCUUCCAAACACACACACACACACACACACACACAGCAUGACUGAUGGCUCGUCAGUGUAUGAAGGAUGUGAUAUGAAGGAGUCGCUCGAUUAACUGGAACACUAAGAGUGAACACAAUGUUUAAGUCCAGGAAUCUAAUAUUCAUCUACAAUAAAUUAUCAUGCACACACACACACACACACACACUACUGUGUCAUAUCAGGACUCAUGAGUUUGUCCUCGUCAGAGAAACACUACAUCAUAAACACUUUUACACUCGUCUGGUCCGAGUCGAGUCUCACUGCAGUGAAGGAACAUGAAGAGAAACACCUUCAGGAUCUUCACACUGUAAUCAAGUGUGUGUGUGUGUGUGUGUGUGUGUGUGUGUGAGAUGCAUGGGCUGCUUGUUUCUUUUUCACCAAAACACAACACUAGGAGAAUUAUUAAUACUACAACACACACACACGUACAUACAGAUCAGCGGACUGGAAACACAAACUAAACUGUGACGAGGCGUUAGCUUUAGCGUUAGCGUAUCUCCAUUCCAUGCUUUGGAUAGAAAAUGAAGUAAUAAUGGUGAGUACUGGAACAUUCUGUUUGGGAGAAUUAGUUUAAAAAUAAAAUAAAAUAA